AUGGCUGGCGAGAAGACUAACAUCAAGGUCGUCUUCGGAUGCAUGACCUUUGGCAAGGAGGGUGCUGAGCAGAGCCGUGUCUUUGACCUCGAGACGGCGCAGAAGAUCCUUGAUACCUUCAAGAAGCAUGGACAUCGCGAGCUGGAUACCGCUCGAGCGUACGGUGGAGGCUCGAGCGAGGAGAUGCUCAAGAACCUCAAGGUCGAGGAGCAGGGCUUCCCCAUUGCCACUAAGGUUUUUCCUUCGGCUCGCUUUCCCGGUGUGGUAGGCGGGAAAGCUUACGACCACACGAGAGCCGGCGUCCAGGAGGCUCUCAACGAGUCGCUGACUGCGCUGGGAACGGACAAGGUGGACCUCUACUACCUCCAUGCGCCCGACAGAGAGGUCGACUUUGCUGAGACGCUCGAGGCGAUCAAUGACGCGUACAAGGCGGGCAGGUUCGAGCGAUUUGGCAUUUCCAACUUUAAGGUUGAUGAGAUUGAGAAGGUUGUUCAGAUCAUCCAGGAGAAGAAGUAUCCUUUCAAGGUCUCCGUCUAUCAGGGCUUGUACAACGCCGUCACCCGUACGGCCGAGCCUGAGCUCAUUCCGACACUGCGCAAGCACAAUAUCAGCUACUACACAUACAACCCUCUUGGAGGCGGUUUCUUCACGGGCCGCAUCAAGUCUCCUGAUGACGUAGUGGAGUCCGGCUCACGCUUCGACGCCAAUCGCACCCAAGGCCAGUCAUACCGCAAGCGCUACUAUCGUGACGAGUAUUUCCAGGCCAUCAAGAUCGUCUCGGACGCGGCGGACAAGGCCAAGCUGAGCAUGGCCGAGGUGGCCCUCCGCUGGAUGCAGCACCACUCCAAGCUGGACCGCAAGUACGGGGAUGGGAUUAUCAUUGGGGCGAGCUCCCUCUCCCAUAUCGAACAGAACCUGGUCGACUUUGAAAAGGGCCCGCUGCCUGCAGAUGUGGUCAAGUCGGUUGAUGAGGCGUGGGAGACUGUCAAGCCCAAUGCUCCCCCUUACCACUUCUGA